UUUUUUUUUUGUGGGAUAUUGUGGAUAAUGGGACAAUUGAAGGAUUUGAUAAUUCGAUUAAAUUAAUGGUGAAUCUGAGAUUGAUGAGGGGGGUUAUAAAAGGUCAAGGUGUCAUGUGCUUGGCUUUGUUUUUAUUGUUUUAUUUAAAUGAAUUUUCGCUGUAAUGAGUUUUUGAAUUAUUGGAGUAUUAAUUAAUUCGUUUUAUUAACUGUCUUCUCGCGUGAUUUUGCACGUUGUUUCGUGUAUUGGGUGCAUUUUCUGAACCUCCCCUUUUGCGUCUGUAGUAGAUAAUACGUGGAAGUUGAAUUCUUUGGGGAGUAUAUAUAUAGCUAGCGUGUACCUUUUUUUUGUUGCUUACAAUUAUCAUUUUUUGGAUCCAGAUUCGCUCCAAACUCAAGCUUGGAGCAGGGCAGAAUUGAUACAAGGGAUUCAUAUAGUUGACCCCAUCUAGUUUGAGAUUGAGGGAAUUCGUUGGCUGAUCUGAUGUUUAUUAAUUAUCACAUGGAUGCACUAUUUCUCUAUUUGCAUGUCACUCUGUAUUUAAUGAUGGCUCUAUGUUACUCGAUUUGUCUAGGAAAAAUGGCUAAAGGGACCACAGGACGACGUAGGAUUGGUUCUCGACGAUGCAGGGCCACACCAUACCCUUUGCCAUCUGCUGAUCAUUGUGAACAUGUGCACCAAAAGAAAUGUUCUAAAAUCUUUGAGAAGAAAGACUGGGAAGAUGCAACUUGUUCCGUAUGCAUGGAAUAUCCCCAUAAUGCUGUGCUGCUCCUGUGUUCCUCUCAUGACAAAGGUUGCCGCCCCUACAUGUGCGGAACUAGCUUACGCUAUUCAAACUGCCUCGAUCAGUACAAGAAAGCCUACACCAAAGAAACACUGCCAGAUGACAAUCAAUCUAUGCAGGGUCUUACUGAUACUCCAACUGCGGGCCUGUUUUCUACUUUGCCUUCUGAGAAAAGCGAGGUCAUCGAAGUUGCAUGCCCGCUAUGUAGAGGGCAAGUGAAAGGAUGGACUGUGGUUGAACCUGCAAGAGAAUAUCUGAAUAUGAAGACACGUAGCUGCAUGCAGGAUGAUUGUUCAUUUGUUGGAAGCUACAAGGAGAUGCGAAAACAUGUUAAGGCAGAGCACCCCUCUGCCAGGCCACGUGAGGUAGAUCCUCUUCUUGAACAAAAAUGGAGAAGGCUUGAGCGGGAACGAGAGAGGGAUGAUGUUAUCAGCACUAUAACUUCUUCAAUGCCAGGGGCUGUGGUUUUUGGUGAUUACGUGAUAGAAGGAAGUCAUUAUGGUUUUGAUUCGGAGGAUGAAGAGGGUUUUGAUGUGAAUGCGAUGAAUGGGAAUGAAGGUUUUGGAAUGGGAAUCGAUCGCAAUUUGAUGAAUAUGUUUCUGUUUUUGCAGGCUUUUGGUUCUGCAGGGAAUAUAGCGUCAAAUCGGGUUAUGAGGCGGCAUGACCGAGACAUAAGUGACACUUUGGAUAGAGGUGCUGGUGGAAUUGAGCGAAACCUCCGAAGCGGUGGUUUUGAGUACUCUGAUGCAGACAGUGACAAUAGCGGGGAUGAUAACGAUGAUAGUGGCAUAUCGCUAGUUGGGCGUCUUCGUCGUGAAGGUAGGGUCCUUUUGGGGCGCUCUGGGAGGAGACGACGACGUAGAGAGGCCAAUGCAGGUCGGAGAUAGAAUUUGUGUAUGUUUCAAAAUUGUGAAAAAGAAAUAAUUUAGGGCUUAGUUUAGGAUUUAACUGUGCUCUAACAUUCUCGUGCACAUCUGCCUCUGAUUGAUGUUUGAUACAUUGUAGAUUGUAGGAUGGCUCAGAAUUAUUGGCGGGCACUUAAAGAAAGAUAAGUUUCUCUGUAAUUUGUAGUCUGUAAUUUCCUUAUUCUGUCUGAACAUUUAUAUGUCAAUUCUUGUAUGAAUGCAAUUUCUGAUGUACAUUUUAA